AUGGUAGUAAGUGUAGAUAAAGAACAGACAGAUACACACACGGAAGUAAAAAAACGUCGAACAUCGCUUUCUCCAACUAGAACCAAAACAAAACAAAACAACAAGUUGUCAUCCUCCCGCUUUGAAGAAAGAAGAAGAGGAAGAAGAAGAGGAAGAAGAAGAAGGAAAAAAAAGGGCGAGACAUGA